CGGACGCCCAGCCGUUGCUUUCCCCGUUCGACGCUCUUCAGACUCCGCUUUAGGUUUUCUCGGUCGGACUCGUAGGCUCGAGAUCAGUGAAGGGUCUCCUCCAAAGAUCUCUCCUGAACCAGUACCUACGCCACAAGAAGAGCCUGAGGCAGAAGAGGUGCCAGAACCAGAGCCAGACGCACCACCGCCGCCACCACCACCUCCUCCUCCGCCACCACCUACCAAACGAAUGGCUGAACUAGCAGUUGGAAUCAAUGGCUUUGGACGCAUUGGUCGUUUGGUCCUCCGAGCCUGCGUAGAGAAGGGGAUCAAAGUCGUGGCUGUCAAUGACCCUUUCAUUGACCUCAACUACAUGGUCUACAUGUUCAAAUAUGACUCUACCCAUGGCCGCUUCAAAGGAGAAGUUCAUGCUGAAGGUGGCAAGCUAGUAGUGAAUGGGUCUAAGAUCGCUGUAUUUCAAUGCAUGAAACCAAAUGAAAUCCCUUGGGGUGAGUCUGGAGCAUUGUAUGUAGUAGAAUCAACUGGUGUCUUCCUCUCAGUUGAGAAAGCAUCGGCUCAUCUCCAUGGUGGGGCCAGGCGAGUCGUGGUGAGUGCCCCAUCCCCUGAUGCACCCAUGUUUGUGAUGGGAGUCAAUCAGGACAAGUAUGAUCCCUCAAGCAUGAAUAUUGUGAGCAACGCCUCUUGCACCACCAACUGCUUGGCACCAUUGGCUAAAGUCAUUCAUGACAACUUUGGCAUUGUGGAGGGCCUCAUGACCACCGUUCAUGCCUAUACUGCCACUCAGAAGACUGUGGAUGGUCCCUCUGCCAAGGCGUGGCGCGAUGGCAGGGGUGCCCACCAGAACAUCAUUCCAGCAUCUACUGGAGCUGCAAAAGCCGUGGGCAAGGUCAUCCCUGAGCUGAAUGGGAAGCUUACUGGCAUGGCAUUCCGUGUGCCAGUGUGUGAUGUCUCAGUAGUUGACCUGACAUGCCGCCUUGCCAGGCCAGCCACGUAUGCUCAGAUCAAAGAAGCUGUCAAGAAGGCAUCCAAAGGGCCCAUGGCUGGUGUUCUGGGAUACACAGAAGAUGAGGUUGUUUCAACUGACUUCAUCGGUGACAAUCGUUCCUCCAUCUUUGAUGCUGGAGCUGGGAUCGCCCUCAAUGAUAACUUUGUGAAGCUCAUCUCCUGGUAUGAUAAUGAAUAUGGCUACAGCUGCCGUGUAGCAGAUCUCAUGAAGCACAUGUUCAGCAAGGAGAACAACUGAGCACUGCCCACUCCUCUCUGUUCCAGGCUGUCAGACAGAGUGGCCUCACAUCCCCUUUAGUCCAUAGAUUUGAUCUUCCCGGCCAGUUCUUUGCUUCAACCACAGAACCCAGAACACUGCACUUUUUUCCGUGUGUGUCACUGUAAAGCUUUGUGUGUGUACAUGUGAAUGUGAGUCCUGCUUUCCAGAGCAGCUUGUACAAGCCUCAAAAUUGUAGUGAAGACAACUGCACUAAAUUUCCCCAGGAGGAGGAGGAGAGGGAACGUUUGGCCUCUGGGGUUAAGUAUCGGUUUGUAUGGCUGUAGUCUCCUUGAGAUCUUGCAAGUGUUGAAAUAAAACCACUGGAGUUUAUGUGAA